AAUUCAAGGGCUCCACCGUGGUUGAACUGAUGAAGAAGGAAGGCACUACCCUUGGGCUGACGGUCUCGGGUGGAAUUGACAAGGAUGGCAAGCCAAGAGUAUCUAAUCUGCGGCAGGGAGGAAUUGCUGCUAGAAGUGAUCAGCUGGAUGUGGGUGACUAUAUCAAAGCAGUGAAUGGCAUCAACCUGGCCAAAUUCCGCCACGAUGAGAUCAUCAGCUUGCUGAAGAAUGUCGGGGAAAGAGUGGUUCUUGAAGUUGAGUAUGAGCUGCCGCCAGUCUCUGUUCAAGGAUCGAGUGUUAUUUUCCGAACGGUGGAGGUCACGUUACAUAAAGAAGGCAAUACCUUUGGUUUUGUAAUACGAGGGGGAGCACAUGAAGAUAGAAAUAAAUCUCGUCCGGUUGUAAUAACAUGUGUUCGUCCUGGAGGGCCUGCUGACAGAGAGGGCACAAUCAAACCUGGUGAUAGGUUGCUCAGUGUGGAUGGAAUUCGGCUUCUUGGAACCACACAUGCUGAGGCCAUGAGUAUUCUCAAACAGUGUGGACAAGAAGCAACGCUGCUGAUCGAAUAUGAUGUCUCGGUCAUGGGUAUGUCGGAUCCUGAGGUUGGGAUCUCUAACUAAGCUUUACAUCAUGUCACUGUCCAUCCCUG